UUUGACAGUUAACCACUGAUUAUUGGUUCAAAUUGUCACAACACAUGAUUUAUCUUGAUAGAAAUUUAGUAGUCCAGAAUGCUGCAUGGUUGAUCCUAAGAAAAACAAAUCAUGCAAGGACCAAGGACUUACAUUACUUAAUUAUACUUAAACGCUUUAUAAAAUUCACAUCAAGUGAUUCCUGACGAUGAUCCAGUAAAACCCUUCAUCCAUAUCGUUGCUUCCACACGUAGUUUCGAUAAUAAACUCGUGAUUAUCGCCAAGAUGCGAUGUAUCAACCACUGAAAUUCUCUUCCUUGUCACGUUUUCGUCUCCGACGAUAUUUCUGUAAAGUUUCGCAGCAGACGAAGAAGAAUCCGAUGUCUCCGGCUCGUCUUUAGGCGUAAGACGGCAACUCAUCAGUGCUCUAAGGAGCAUCACUAUCGACGCCAUGUGUCUCUGACGUCGUAGGAUGCUUUAGUUGGCUUUAUCUCGUAUCUAAUCACUUUCAACAUUUAAGACACACACAAAACAUAUGUAUAUAUAUUGUGUGCAUGCGUUUGUGUGUGAGCUUGUGUCAGUGUGUGUAAUAGUCUUAACAACCAUUGUCGAGUGUUGAAAGUUGGAACAAGACAGCACAAGGAGGAAGCCAUCAUGCAUCGAGGGGAUAUCUAGUUUUGGUAAGUUUUAAUAGUGAAUAUACUAAAUGGCCCUUGACCGAUUGCCAACAUAGAGUCUACAUCAGUAGCGAAUCAAAGCUACACAUAAACUGCUGACCGAUCCCAAAGGUUGAAAGAUUCUUUGGCGCUAAAAAAUCCCCAGUUCCCAAAUCGGCGUCCUCGUUUGAAACCCUAAUUCCUGAAUCGAAGCAGAUCCUGAUCGAAUCGAAGGUGUUCGAAUGAUAGCUACCCAGUAAAUUCAGAACCCUAAUUAACAAUGGGCGGUACGGACGCGAAGGACAUUCUCGGGUUGCCGAAGACUCCACUGUCUUUAACUCAGGAGAAGAAAUCUCGACCCCAGAAAGAGUCCCAUAGAAAACCCGAUGGCAUUUCUCGCGAGGUUUAUGCGCUUACCGGGGGCGUUGCACCUCUUAUGCCUUCAAUUGAUUUAAAGCGCCGUCCUCCUGCAGAUGAGAAGGUUGCUUGGAAAUGGCUUUCCUUCACAAAUUCUGCUAGGAAAGAUGAUUUGCAGCUUUACCAUUGGGUUAGAGUGGUUAAUGAUGUUCCACCAACAGGUGACUAUUCCUUUGCCAAAUAUAACAAGUCAGUUGAUAUUUUGAAAUACACAGACGAGGAGUAUGAGAAUCAUUUAACGGAUUCUGUGUGGACCAAGGAAGAGACAGAUCAGUUGUUUGAAUUCUGUCAAAAUUUUGAUCUCCGCUUUGUUGUAAUAGCUGAUCGAUUUCCAGUAUCACGGACUGUGGAGGAAUUGAAGGAUCGUUACUACAGUGUAAACCGGGCCCUGCUGCGUGCUAGAGCUCAGUCUCCAGCAGAUGUUGCAAACCAUCCUCUCAUGAAGGAACCAUAUGAUAUUACACGCGAUAGAGAGCGCAAGCGGGCAUUGUCCAUGGUCCUAUCCCAGAGUAGACAUCAGGAGAAGAAAGAUGCUGAGAUACUUGCUGAGGCUAAAAGAAUCACAGAGAUGCGAUUGGCCGCACGUCGUGCAGAAGAACCUGAUGUGUCUGCGAAUGAGAACGCCGGUCUUGAUAAAGCUGAUGGGGUUGUUCCAGGGCGUAGUGUAUCUCCAACAUCCAAUUCUCAACUUCCUGCUACUGCUGUGGCUCCAUCAACACUAACUAUGGCAGAUUAUGCCUCUACCCUUGCUUCUCUGCGCAUGCUUCAUGUAUACUUGAGAACCUAUGGACUUGAACAAAUGGUCCAAGCUGCAAGCUCUGCUGUUGGUCUUCGAACGAUCAAGCGGGUUGAGCAGACUCUGCAAGAUCUCGGGGUUAAUUUAAAGCCAAAGGUUCCUACCAAAACUGUAUGCGAUGAGCAUCUUGAGCUAAGAAAAGAAAUAUUAACACUACUGAAUCUUCAGAAGCAGCUGCAAUAUAAGGAAUCAGAAGGUUCAUCACAUCGUGAAGGGUCGUAUGCCGCAAUGCCAGACACUCCAAAGGAUCGUGUUUUCGCACCGGACCCAUUCAGUUUUGGAGCUGAAAGACCAAUCAAGAAGGAACAAAAACGCAAGGGUCCUGGAAGACAAGCAGAUACUCCUUCACCAGCUCAUAAGCGUCCGAGAAAGUUGAAAGCCUCUGAUCUCUAAAAUCUCUCUACUCGGUGCAUACUGACUCGCAAUUUCAUGUGUAUGUAUUUGCCUUUUUCCGGUGAUUUCCGCAAUGUUUUCAGUUCUUAAAUUAUUUCUGAUCUCUAAAAUCUCUCUACUUGUACUCAGACACCGCACUAUCUUGUCAAGCCAAUUAGAGAAAUUGAGAAAAUGUUGCACAUUAUAUUUAUGACUAGUAAGAAUUAUUACAUCU